UUAUUGUUUUAAAAAAAUGCAGUCUUGUCAGUAUUCUCUGUUGUGACAUUCUGAUUACGCUUCCCCUUCAACUAGCGUAAACCAAAGCCCUUUGCUUUGGUCUUUCGCUAGGGUUUGGGGAUUCGCCAUUUUCAUCUUUUACGCUUCCUUUCUUUUCUUCAUCCUACACUUUCCACUUCAAAGGAAACAGAACUGAAAGAGGGGACAUUAAUGCAGAACAGUUUUUGAUGGGUUUCAUGUGAUCUUUUGUGGUUUUUUGGUCAAGUGUUGUGAGGAGGAUCCUGUGUUGAGGGUGCUUUUGCUGAAGGCUGUGAGUCUCUGUGACAAUGCCGUCUACGGAGAAUCAGAGCUCUUCUGCUUCUUCGUCAUUUUCGUCCUUUGGCAGAUCGUUAUUUGGUAUCAGGCAGGAACAGGUUCAUUCUGUGGAGGCAAGUCAUGAGUCGGAUUCAUGUAAUUUAGAGCUUGGAUCGUUUCAAAAGCGUGUUACGGAUCGUUUUCACGACCUGUCUGUUGUUAGUGAUGAUGAAUUGCUAUCAAUUGAUUGGAUGCAGAAGCUUCUCAAUGCAUUUAUAUGCUGCCAUGAGGAAUUCAGAGCGAUUAUGUUGAAUAAUAAAGAGCAGGUAUCGAAACCUCCUCUGGAUCGGAUGACGUCUGAGUUCAUUGAGAGGUCGGUUAAGGCUCUUGAUAUUUGUAAUGCGAGUCGAGAUGGGAUUGAGAAUAUCCGGAUGUGGCAAAAGCAUCUGGAAAUUGCGAGCUGUGCUUUGGGCUCAAAUAAGCGACCGUUGGCAGAAGGGCAGUUUAAGAGAGCUAGGAAGGCGCUGAUGGAUUUAGCAUUGGCAAUGCUUGACGAGAAAGAAUCAGGAUCCGUUUUUUCUCAACGUCAUAGAUCUUUUGGGCGGCAUAACUCGAGCAAGGACCAUCAUUCGGCAGGGCAUUCAAGAUCACAUUCAUGGAGUGUCUCUCGGUCCUGGUCUGCAGCCAAGCAACUACAAUCCAUUGCAAAUAACCUCGUUCCACCUCGCGCGAACGAGAUUGCUGCAAACAGCAGGCUUUCGGUUUCUGUUUACACAAUGAACUGUAUUCUCUUGUUUGUUUUGUGGAUCCUUGUUGCAGCUAUUCCUUGUCAGGAUAGAGGCUUAAACCUUCAUUUUUCAGUCCCGAGGCAAUUUACCUGGAGCACUCCAGUUACUUUGCUUCACGAGCGGAUCAUGGAGGAGUCAAAGAAGCGAGAGCGCCGCAACUCAAGUGGUUUGCUGAAGGAGAUAUAUCAAAUUGAGAUAACCACCCGCCACUUGACAGACCUGGUAGAUUCUGCUCAGUUUCCGUUGACCGAGAAACAUAAAAUGGAAGUCGAACAGGAUUUGAAGGAGCUGAAGCUUGUUUUGGAAGCUUUUAAAGAUGGAUUGGAUCCGUUGGAGUGCCUUGUGAGGGAGGUGUUCCAAAAGAUAGUGAUUUGCCGAACCGAAGGGCUUGAUUCCCUUUGUGCAUCAAACUAUACAGGGCAAUGAAAAUGGUGGGUUAUUGCUGAACAUGUACAUUUUAAAUAUUAUCACUAGCUUCUUUGAGAGAAGGAAGAAUGAUAGGGGAGCUUCAAAGAUAAAUCAUUUAGCUCAUCACAUGUAAUGUUUGGUUGGUAUUAGUCUCAAUACUUUGUGUAGAAAAAAUUGGUGAGGUUACUUAUGAAAUAUCUUAUGGUUUAUUUGCUUAA